AGCCAUUUGAAACCUUCUCCUUUUUAGAAGGUUUGAGCAUAACCUCCUCAUUAUUCCUCUUUGAAUUCUCGGUUCCUCUUCAAAUCCUCCUUCCUCAGGCAUCUUUUCUAUCUGAUAAUCUUCUCUCUUGUACUUUUCUUCCCGCGGAGUUUAGAUUCAUUUUUAGUUUCUGGAUAUUCAAGUUCAUUUGUUGUUUCUACGACACGCAACCAUUAAGGUUCAGGUCAUAUGUUUUUUUUCUUCUCUCUGAAUCUAGAUUUGUUUGAAACUUGCAUGUGUUAUUCCAGCACCUGUUUCCCUAACUUGUGACUCUAUCUGAAUCAUAUUGAUUUUCGUUGUUGUUUGAACUUGUUUUUCUUCCAGAAUUUCCUUUUAUCACGUCUCCUUGUGAUUAGAUUAGAUUAGGGCUCUAUUUAAAAAAAAAUAUAUAUAUAUUAUUUAGGGUGAGAGGAUCCUGUAAAGAUAUGAAUAUUCCGUCGGUGUCAAGUUUACUUAAUCUUAUAUUUUUGGCAAAACAAAAAGGAAUAUUUCCAUUUGUUAUUAAGUUUUGUCAAAUCUUAUCUGUAUUUUGUCUAUAAACUUGUAUAAAAAUAUCAUCAACCGCAGAGCUUAGACCACUUUUAUGGCAAUUGGACACUUGUGCAGCACUACACACUGUUUCCUUCAAACAAAGAAGACCUUCUCCUCUUCGAUAUUGAAAAAUAUGGUUUGCUCUGAGUGUCAUGUUGCCUGCAAGAACGUGAAGCCGUUACAGAAACACAUGUGUUUGACAAUCACCCUUCCAGAUGCUUCUGUCUUGAAAGAUAAUGACUUCUCUGAUGUCUUUGGUCCACUCCCCGAAGAGUCCACUGAUGUUCUUUUCGACGAGCCUGCUGUUCUCCACACUCGAUCCCACUCUUUCGUUGGCCCUUCUUCCCUCUGUAGUCCUUCUUUCAAUCUCACCUCGCUUGACUUGGACAGUGAGAAAGCUCCACAAGGAGGAGAUGUGGCAGAUGUUUUAGGUGAAGUAGGCAUUGAAGAUUUCGAGGUUUUGAAGGUAGUGGGGCGAGGUGCGUUUGGGAAAGUCUACCAGGUGAGGAAGAAAGACACCUCCGAGAUAUUCGCCAUGAAGGUCAUGAGAAAAGACAAGAUCAUGGAGAAGAACCAUGCUGAAUACAUGAAAGCUGAGCGUGACAUCCUAACCAAGAUUGAUCAUCCCUUCAUUGUUCAACUUAAAUACUCUUUCCAGACCAAGUACAGGCUCUACCUUGUGCUAGACUUUAUAAACGGAGGCCAUCUCUUCUUCCAGCUCUAUCACCAGGGGCUUUUCAGAGAGGACUUGGCUCGUGUCUACACUGCAGAGAUCGUCUCUGCGGUUUCUCAUCUCCAUGAGAAAGGCAUAAUGCACAGAGAUCUCAAACCUGAGAACAUACUGAUGGACACCGAUGGCCAUGUGAUGCUGACAGAUUUUGGUUUGGCUAAGGAGUUUGAAGAGAACACAAGAUCAAACUCCAUGUGUGGGACUACUGAGUAUAUGGCACCUGAGAUCGUUAGAGGGAAAGGACAUGAUAAGGCUGCUGACUGGUGGAGCGUUGGGAUACUUCUCUAUGAGAUGCUCACUGGAAAGCCACCGUUUAUGGGGAGCAGAGGAAAGAUACAACAGAAAAUAGUCAACGACAGGAUUAAACUUCCACAGUUUCUGUCUACUGAAGCUCAUGCUUUGUUGAAAGGGCUUCUACAAAAAGACCCAGAGAGAAGACUUGGAAAUGGACUAAGCGGAGCAAGGGAGAUAAAAGAGCAUAAAUGGUUUAAGGGAAUAAACUGGAAGAAGCUGGAGGCAAGAGAAGUGAAGCCAAGUUUCAAGCCGGAGGUAUCUGGAAGACAAUGCAUAGCGAAUUUUGACAAGUGUUGGACUGAUAUGUCUGUGUUGGACUCACCAGCAAACAGUCCAAGGUCGGAUCCAAAGGCCAACCCUUUUACUAACUUCGCAUACGUCAGGCCGCCUCGUUCAAUCCUCAGCCAAGCCACAUAGACUUUUGCAGAGGAACCUAAUUGCUAUUAGAUGAUAAAUAUACAUAAUCUAAUGUUGUGUGUUUCUAAGCUUCUUCCUCUUGUCAUGGUUGUGGACAUGGGGUAGCUUCUUUCUCAACAUGUAUAUUCAUGUUAACCUUUUAACGAAAAUGAAAGUUUUAUAUCUAAUGAUCAAGUGUAUGAAACAUGAAAUUAAUAUUGAUCUGCGUUUGACUAAAGAAACCUAUUUAAUUAUUUGA